CUCUCACAUCAUGGCCUCGAGUGGCAAUCCGACCGGUGAGCCGAUGUAUUCGGCGGCGCAAAUCCGCAUCCCUCCCGAUUUGCCCGAGGUGCUGAAGAGCUUUACCAAAGCCGCCAUUAAGACGCAGCCCUCGAACUUGACCGUAUGGGCUGCACAGUAUUUCGAGGCGCUGGCCAACGGCGAUGCGCCGCCUGUAAAGGAUCGCGUCGCCAUUGAGCCGACCGUCAUCCGUGAGGCCCCCGCGCUCACUGUUGCUAAGCUGCGCAAGCUGUUCUCAACCUUACCUGCAUCCGGAACAGUGCCGGUUGCGGACUUGGUGCGCCUGUGUGAGGAGCAAAACUUGCCCGGCCAAACGGUACAGGACAGCCUCUGCGUUGGUGACUUUGGUGAACAAGUCCCAAUCAUCCCAUUCCUGGCCCUGCAGGCGGCGGUCCUGAAGCCAGCGCUGGCUGACGCCCUCUACACAUUUGGUUCAAUUCUGGGUGACGACGAUUCGGGCACAGCUGUGCCUCGUGAACCCUUUCUCGAGGCCAUUCGCUUCAUGUGCAACAUCAGCGGCGCGCCGGCCGAUCAGAUGGCUUUGGUCGUGGACCAGUGUGCUGAAGGACAAUCCGUCAAUCUGCUCCAGCUGGACUUGUCAUCCUUGGUCGACGAUGAUGAGAAGGCCAAUGUUGGACUUCAGAUCGAAGGUCGUCACAUCGACAACGAGACAGCCCGAGGCCCUGACGACGAGGCCAUGCUCGUGAACGAGAAUGCAAGUGCAGCUGAAGAUGACGACGAAACCGAGCCG